UCUUUCAUCGCUUGUUUAUUAGAAUCUUACCAGCGGACUUCAUUACAACGCAAAUAUUUCGUCUCGCUUUCCAGUUAUUUUGUGUAAAAAUCAAUUUUGAAAAAAAAUUCAAUUCAAUAAAAUAUGAAAUUUCUAAUAAAUCUUUGUCUAUUAAUUACUGUAAUUGAAUUAUCAAUUGUUCGGUCCGAGGAAUUGACUAAAGAAAACGCUUUGGCUGCUGCCAAUGAUUGUAAAGAUGAAACCGGAGCUACGGACGACGACAUAGCUGCCAUUUUAGAACAUAAGCCGGCUGAUAGCACUGAAGGCAAAUGCUUAAGAUCUUGCGUGAUGAAAAAGUUUGGAAUUAUGAACGAUGAUGGAAAACUGGUUAAAGAAAAAACUUUAGAAGUGGCUCAAAUUAUGAUUACAGAUGAUAAUAAAAAGGAGUUGGCUAUAGAAGUGGUAGAGGCGUGCGAAAAUUUGUCAGUCAACGAGGAUCACUGUGAGGCGGCAAUCGAAUACGGUGCUUGCUUAAAAGAGCAUGCCGAGGAACAAGGUCUUUUGCCACCAGAUUUUUAGAAUUUAUUCAACUCAGUCAAUUUUAGCAAAUACUCUGGCAAUACGUAAUUAUGGCUCGUCGCUAAUUUCCGUUUCUUCGGAUCUUAAUGUUAUGAAAAAUUUACUCUAAAAAAGAAAAUCCAGAAUAAAAUAGAAAAAAGAAAACGUUUGCAAUAGAAAACGGAACGGCUUUUUACUCGUAACUCGAAAUUACUUGCAAGGAAUAUCAAAUCAUCCCUUAUUGCUCCCAAUUUUCUAUUCG